AUGUUCCAGUGCCCCGGUCCGGCUACAAUGUGAGGCAAUUGUAGUAAUGGACUGUUUUCUUCUUUUAUUUUGACACUCUUUUCGAAACAAUUGUAGAUGGGCCUGUUUAAGUGUUGGCCGGGCCGUUUUCUCUUCUUAAUUUACACCUUUUCCCAAUCCAAAUAAUUCUUAAAUUCGUGUGGCGUAGGCGCCGUCGUUCCGCUGAACCGCGAAACGUAAUUCCUAACGUAAUUUCAUGCAGAGUUCCAAAAAUUAAGACAAAUUGAAGUUGUUUUGAGAGCUGUCUUAUCCUUUUAGGGCUGUCAAUGCCGGAGGACCUUGGCAGGUAGACCGACCCGUCAAGAGACAACCCCGGAGGGCAUGUCUGUGACAGCCAGGAAUGAAGAUUGUGACGGUUUUAAUUCUGUCCUUCUUAUACAUGCAAAUCAGAGUUUGCAUAGUGAAGGGGGCCCUGAGGGUUGGAGGAGUUCCUCUUUUUCUUCUGAAUCUUGUGGAGCUGUUCAACUUGUUUCCUAAAAUCCAAUUCCGGGUGUUGCCCCCAAAAAAAGGCAUGUCCUUUUUGUCUGGAUACGUGAAAUCUCAUAAAGAAGUUAAACCCAUCCUUAUUUUGGGCAUUUGAAUGGUCUUGAUGACGUCACAAUCUUGACAUCAAGGUCCUAUCUUAGGGGAUUCCUUACCAUGUGACUAGUCACCGGUGCUCCGGUUACCUUACGGUCUGUCUUUGCGCCCACUUUAACUUCGUGAAAGGUUGUAAUUACACACACCUUACAUUCCGUUAAAUUUAAUGUGAAGGGAUUAUCGAUAGGCCCCAACUUUUCCAAUAGUCCAUGUUAUCUCUUCUGCGUAUCUUAAUAGAACUCUUUCCUGCUACAUAUUUAUCAUGAAAUAGUAGUAUUAUAUGAGAUGAUUUUUUUGCCGCCUGCUUCUAAUUACAUAUUACAUGUAAUUGUGAGGUUUCCAAAUUAUUUUGUCUUGGAAAAUAACAAACAACGUAUUUUAGAGAGAAUGAGUGUUCUGCUGCUGGAAAAGACUUGAAUCCAUCAGCCAUGCCCACAAUACGGUCCUGGAUGUACUUGUUGUGGAUGGUUUCAGUCUUCUCGGGGGUCAGAUGUCUUCGGCAAGUGCUAGUGGAAGGUGAUUUGAUGUUGGGAGGUCUCUUUCCAAUUCAUGAAAGUGGCAGAUCAGCUCAACAAUGUGGGCGGAUAAAGGCGGAUCAAGGAGUUCAGAGGAUGGUGGCCAUGUUGUUCGCAUUGGAGGAGAUCAACACCCGAAACGACAUCCUCCCCGACCUCAGAUUGGGCGCGCAGAUCUUGGACACGUGCUCCGUUGAGACCCAUGCCCUCGAGCAAAGUCUACAAUUCAUCAAGACUGUCCUCAGCAAGUCCAGUGCAUUACAAUGUAACAAUGAAGGGGAACAUCAACAGAUCAUUGGAGUCAUCGGAGCUGCUGGAAGUCAAGUCUCAGUGAUGGUGGCCUCCAUGUUGCAACCAUUCAAGAUCCCCAUGCUGAGUUACAGUUCAACUGGAGUGGAGUUGAGUGAGAAACCCAGGCGAGUCUAAUGUCAUCUUCAGAUUUUUAUUUCUAUUCAGUCAAUUUACAAGGGAAGUACCCCAAGUGCGACGCUCAGAUUUUCUUUAAAUUUUAUACACACGUCGGGUAUGGACUAAAUAUCAAUUCUUGAAAGUUUUAGCUCGCGCUUUACGGGCGCCGCCGAGAUAUCGGACGAUUUAUGCCGCAGAGAGAGCACGCUAGAUGUGGAGAGCGGUCAGAGAGAAAAACGCUUUUUGGCCAUAACUUUGGCAGUUUCGUGCGGAAAAAUUUGAUUUUUUGUAGAAACAUUAUCCUUUACGGUAGAAAUAGGCAUGAAACUUUUCGGGCCGAAAUUCGGUAAAAAGUCCUAAAUUUUCGCCGACUUUCGAUCUAAAAAUCUCGGUUGCUUCUGCAAAGCGCGAGCUAGGAUUCUCGCAUAUAUCUUAGAAAAAAUUAUUCUAAAUUUGUGCCAAGUUUCAUCAAAAUCUGAGCAUCGCACUUGGGGUACUUCCCUUGUUAGUACAGUUUUUAUCAUACACACACAUCGCAUUUACGUUUUUUCGUACACAUCCCAGCACUUUUUUGCAGCUCUUCAUUUUUUGUCGUUGACGCAAUUUGAUUCAUAUGUUUUGGCGGGGAAAGUAAAUGUUCAAACAACAUUCCACUACUGUUUAGCUAAAAAUAAGGAAGAUGUAACCCUAGACAUUUGGAUUGUGACUACUUUUUAAUUACUCAAAGUGUUUUCAGAUUCCAAUAUUUUUCGAGAGUGGUCCCACCCGACAACCUUCAAGCGAAGGCUAUGGCUCAUGUUGUAAGUACAAAUCGAAGUUAUGAAAUGGUUUCAAAAUAUUCGCACGCUUAAGAUACAAUUUAUAAAGUAAUUUCUUUAGUUUCACAACGAAUGUUUCAGUGACAUUUUUUUUCCUUUUGAAUAUGCGAUAACAAAAUUUUGUUUUCACGGCGACAAGUUUUAAAAAAAAGCCGUCAGCGAAAAUUUUCGGCUUGUGGUGUAGGAUCAACGGUGGAUAGGUAGAUGUAAGGGUAGACACGAGAUUAGGAAUAGGAUUUUAUUUAGACAACCACACACGAAAGAAGAGAAAAAUGGGAUUAAAUUAUAAUAAUUGGUGACGAGACAUUGCUUUUAUAUGACUUGGUUUAUGCUAAUUUCUGUGGGAAUUGUGGAGGCUUUUGAGGCUCCACAACACGGCUGAUAAAGGGAGAGGGUAUGUUACCCCGAGAAUAGGUCAGUCCCUGGAUAAUAUAAUAUUAUGGUCAAAUUGCCGUCAAUAUUAGAUAAAUUGAAAAUUCAGAUAAUCGAAGCUUUCACACCGGAAUUUAACAUAGACUGUGAUUAAUGUCGUUAAGGUUAGUGGUAACCAGUUUUACUGCUUAUUUCAUCGUUCCUAAAAAUAUUAAAUUCUUAGGAUUUUUCAGUAAAACUAUAAAAAUAUGUAUACCAAAAAUGUUAAAUUUGAUAAUCCAAAUGACAGAACAAUUUGACGUGACCAAAAUGACGCCACUUUGACACAUGACUGACGCGUCAAGUUGACGACUUAAGGACGGACACAGUCGAUUACUGUGAAAAUAUUAAAUUGUAAAUUACAGUAGGUUAAUGAGAGAAUCGGACAAAAAUAUUUCAGGACUCAGAAAUCCGUGUUUUAAAUAUACAAGAUUGUGUUGCAGGUUGCAAAGCUUGGCUGGAAUUUUCUCCAUGCCGUCGUUGACACAGGAUCCUAUGGAGAACGUGGAAUGGAUAGUUUCCGAUCAGCUGCCAUCGAAUUGGGGAUCUGCAUCGAUGGGGAAAUCCACAAAGUCAGCAGAAGAUGGAGCGACGAUCAAUUCAAGUAAGAUUGUCCAUUCCUUAUAACCCUUUUCCUUCCAUUUUUAGAGAUCUCUUAAUCCGAAUGCGGCAAUCGAACAAGGCCCGAGGAGUAGUGAUGUUUGUUGAUGAAGACAACCUUCGGAGAUUCCUAACCAACCUCAAAUCCAUGAUAACCAGUGGAAAACAUCCGGAAAUGAAGAAGUAUUUCUGGUUCAUUGCUUCGGAUUCAUGGGGAAUGAAGACGGCUGUCAUUCAGGGAUUCGAAGAUAUUGUGCUUGGGGCCAUUACAAUUGCUCCGAGGAUGAGACAUGUUCCUAAGUUCAAUGAAUAUUUCCAUAAUCUCGGUCCAAAGAACACCUUCCUCAGUGAAUAUUGGAAGUCGAUGAACUGCUCGGACAGGAUAAAUGAGAACUUUGGGAAGUGUUUUAAGUCCGUGAAUUACAAAUUCAAACAAGAAGCAUACGUUCCCAGUGUAGUGGACAGUGUUUACGUGAUGGCGAGGGCAAUUCACAAUUAUAUUGAGGUAAGUAUCUCUUUAAUUUUUUUAAAACUUUCUUAUGAUUACUUCAUUUUAGGACCAUUGUCAUUCGAUUGAAUGGCAGAGCUGUGCCUUAUCUCAUAUUGGAUUUGAUGGUGCCCUUCUUCAGCGAUAUUAUCGUAAUAUAUCCUUGGAAGUUGGACAUCCACCUCUAAUUGAUGCGAAUGGUGAUGGGAUCGGACAAUAUAGUAUCUUCCAGUUGGGGAAAGAAGGUGUUUAUAGUCCAGUUGGAUCAUGGAGAACUGGAGUCUUGAGGGAGUUCAACGUGGAACAGGUCCGCAAAGGUCUACAAGUAGGUACCAGCUUAUUUUUGAUGUUUUCCUCUCAGGACACUGACCUGUAACAUCUCAUUUUAUAUAACUUCAGGCGAUUGAUGGAAGCCGCGUGAUUCCGAUGUCUGUUUGCAGUGUCCCGUGUGAAUUGGGGUAUUAUAGAGCUUAUCAAGAUAUGGCUUGCUGUUGGACAUGCAUUCCUUGUGACAUAUCAACGUCUAUCAUUGUUAAUGAGACUAGGUAACCAAGCCGUCAUUUAUAAUCAUUUUUCUGAUUUCAGUUGUAUUCAAUGCCCUCUAGGGAAGAUUCCGAAUCACCGUUUUGAUUCCUGCCGUCCCAUCCAGCCGGUCCAUCUCCAAUGGUCCUCUGUGUGGGCCCUUUCUCCCUCCGUGUUCUCUCUUCUUGGCCUCACUGCCACCAUUUUUGUGACCUCAGUAUUUGUCCGCUACAACAACACUCCCGUUGUGAUGGCUUCCGGACGAGAGUUGUGUUACUGUAUGUUGUUUGGUAUCGCUCUCUGUUAUCUGGCCACCUUCGUGCUUGUCAGCCGCCCUUCCACUUACUCUUGCGCCCUUUCUCGGGUACUUAUUGGCCUCUCGAUGUGUGCUGUGUAUGCGGCCAUCUUAAUCAAGACCAAUCGCUUGGCCAGAGUGUUCAAACCCAGCAGCCCCGUCCGUCCUAAGUUAAUAUCACCGCCAGCUCAGGUAAGAGUUUAUUGCAAAGACGUGUAUACAGUAA